AUGUGUGACACUCAGAAUCUCCAGCCAGUUGAAGUAGUGGACCCUGAGGUGGAUGAGGGGUCUGGCAUCCCCCCAGCGGAGAAGGUGGAUCCAGGGGAGAAAGUAUCCAAUCCUCCCACAGAGGAAAGCCUUGACUCUGGGGAGACGAUGCAGGACAGCCCUGAGGAAGCAAAGAGGGAACCAGAGAACAAGGCCGAGGGAGAGCUAAGCCAGACAACUGCACCCGACCAUUCAAAUGAGUUAAAACCUCCMCUUGUUAGUAUACGAAAAGACGUGGGUGUGAGUGGACACAGGCGAAUAGGAGCUCACAACCCUAAAAGCACCAAUCACACGGCAUCGGCAGCUCUUCCUUCCUCAACUGCCAGUACAACUGUUUCAGGGAAACGGACGAUGGUACUCUCCAACGAAGCCAGGAAAGAGAUGGCCAAGCAGGCCAGGGCUGCCAAGGAUGAGCGUCGGGCCAUGCUAGACGCCCGCCACAAGUACCUCAUAGCCAAGCUUGUGGACAGUGUGAGCCUGGGGGAGACUGAGGUGGAGGAGGCCUUUAUAUCGGAUGACAAGUUCAAUUUGAUAGAGGAGUUUUUUGCGCCUAAUGGAUCAAAGAGGUUGAUAUUCUUCUAUCAAGACAUGAAAGCGCCUUCAUCAAACCACCCAACCUGGGCAGACACAGUCAGUUCUACCCCCGGGCAGAAAAAGCUCUUUGUCACCACUGGAACUUCAGAGGCCUUACUUGAAAAGUGUUUGUUUUUCUUGAGAACGACAGACAAGGCCAUAACGACCGCCAAUGUUUCUCAGGAAGUGAAUUUCGGAAUGCUAGACUGCACUAAUGGGAGCAUUUUGUACAGUAUGGAGAAACUGUUCUCACAAAUUAUGCUGCCUGCACUCAAGUCUCAAGAGGUAAUUCCCUAUUGA